GGAAGAAAAAAAAUAUUCCACGUUAUGGAGGUAUUACAGUAUAGAGUACGUCAGUGCUCUAAAUGUUCAGGAGAUCUUGAGUUUGAAUGUAUCACUUGUCAGUCUGAUCUGUGUCAACGAUGUAAAGAAAACCAUUUGAUCGUUCUCUCUAAUAAAGACCACGAUGUCACGUCAUAUCGAGAGAGAAGUAACAAUGAUUUACAAGAGAGAUGUGAGAAACAUCCUAGGAUGAUUGUCCAGAAGUACUGUCAAACAUGUCGGACUCCUUCUUGCUUUUACUGCAGGAAACAUAGAAAACACAGUCUAAUAGAUAUUUGGACUGCAUGUGAGCAAAAGCGACAACAAAUCGCACAAACUAUUCACAUCAUUAAACAUGAAACUCUCUUUGCUAGACAGAUUAUGUUGAAAGGAAUUAAAAUUGAUAUAAGAAAAUGCCACGCAAAUACCCCAAAGAAUGAGUUUUUAAUGAAAAAAAAGUCUAAAACAUUGCUUGACAACGUGUUAAAAUAUAAAUUAUUUGUACACAGAUGUUUGAAACAAAAAAAUGUAUCUAAUACUCAUCUAGCUUGGAUACAAUGCUUUGAAACGAUAUAUGAAAAGUCAUCCUACAGGCCGAUAGACUUUCUAAAAAAUAUCAAAAAAGAAAACAUUCUCCGUAAAAAGGAUUGUCCUUAUUUCUUAGAGCAUGGAAUCCAACAGUUAACGAUUGGAUCAUUCAAAGUAGAGGAUUUGAUUGCAAUACUAUGUGAAGUAAAAUUUAAAGAGAAAGGGAAGCGUUGCGUCGGUAACGACCACCUCUUUAAGUUGAUGCCUUCCCCUUUGCUACAAAAGUCGAUUUUGAGAACAGAUGUUGCUCUUUGCUUCCCCGAUUCCUCGGUGUCAUCGGACCUGCUUGAUGUUGAAGAUGAAAUGUCAGAUUUCGAUUUGAUGAACAAAACGAACGAAGAUCUAAAAAGUCUGCAAGAUGAUUUAUUACAAAACUGUGAGUUUGACAAUGAUUCUAGAUGGAUUCCAAAGUGUCUGCACUGCUCCCCAUAUACCGGGGAUGUUCUUGUCGGUAUGCAGCAAAUUUUCAGCAGGAGGAAAUAUUUGACGAAUGGUAGAAUAGACCGGUACGAAUAUCCAGGUAGACUCAAGAAAAAAGGACCAGUUCGCUAUUAUAAUCCUUUGUAUGUCGUAGAAAACAAUAAUGGUGAUAUCGUGGUGUCUGAUGACAGAUGGCGUGUAGUGGGGACUGAUCAUGAGGGAAAGGAUCGAUUUAAACUUGAUGGACUUAGACCGUAUGGUAUCUGCACUGACGCGCUGUCACAUAUCCUGGUUUGUGCUAUUCAAACCAGCACAGUACAGGUUUUUGAUAAGAACGGCGUAUUUCUGAGGCAUCUUCUAUUGAGACAGCCAGGGUUAAUUUCCCCAUGUUUUCUGGCUUAUGACAUCAACACUUAUCAACUAUGGGUUUGGUCAGACUUAAACAAAAGAGUUUGUGUUUACAACUACCUAACCCGGCCUACCGAUCAAAAUCCCCAUACUUCUAAUUCGAUUGAGAGUUCAAGUGGAAACCAAUCCUUGCAGACUAAAGGAACAUGUCCGAUAUAUUAUCCUGAAAGACUGGAGUCUGUCACCACAACAGGUUAUGGUCCUAAUCAUAUUUCAUGUACGGGAACAGAUUAUGUUUGGUUUAGUUGUACACCUGAUUCUCUCUUCUUGACAAGCACAGUAGGUUCCGAUAAACAUUCUCUGUUGGAUGGUUGUGGUGAUGCUUUAUAUUUUGGUAGACACACUGUAAAUAAGGAUAAUGAACUGAUCUACAUUGAUAAGAAAUAUAACAUCAUCAAACUGUCAAGUGAUUUUAAAAAUAAAACUGAGUUCAUCAUUUUAAAAGACUCUACGUGGAAGCCAUUUUGCGUAUACAGUUCCAAAAUUACUGGAGAUCUACUAAUCGGAAUGUACAAACACGAAAAAAGGACGGGUAAGGUCAAUCGGUACACUCACAAUGGAGAAUUGAUACAGUGUAUACAAUACAAUGACAAAAUAUAUGAACUGUAUUGUUGUCCGAUCUUUAUAACCGAAAACCAAAACAGAGAUGUUGUUGUGUCCGAAUCGGACGUGUCGCGCCCUAAUGCUGUAGUGGUAACAGAUCAUAGCGGGCAAUAUCGUUUCUCCUACUCUGGGCAUCCACCAGAUUUCGAGUUCCAGCCACGUGGAAUCUGCACCGAUGAGUUGUCUCGAAUUUUGAUUUGUGACAAGAUGGAAGAGAGAAUACACAUUAUCGAUAAGGAUGGUCAAUUGAUAGCAAAACUGUCUUUGAGCCCUCCAGAUGAGUUUGUACCGUACAGCAUAGCUUAUGAUAUCACUACUCGCUCUCUUUGGAUUGGAGCUGUUGACGAAUACGAUGUUAAAUUAUCCGUCAUUGAAUAUGAAGCAAGUCAUCCUAUUCUGACUGGUAACAGUGAAACGCGACGAGAUAAAUCCAUGUUAUGAGUUAUAUUAAUUCUUAUUGCAUGUCAAUCUCUUCUGUGUUCGCUCAUGUAACAAUAAAAAGACGAAAUAAAUCCAACAAUAACGGUGUAUUGGAAUUUAAAUAUCAUAGGUCAGGUAAUUCAAAACGUUAUUUAUUUAGUAUUUAUGAAUAAUAAAUAAUAAAUCUUGUAUAUAUGAAAUUAUGAACUUUCCUGUUUAGCCUAAAAUUUCAUUCAAAUGUUUGUACAUUUGUAAUUUUUGAUGUAAUGUGUAUGCAUUCGAUACCACCACAUGUCAUUUUUAGAAGCAAUUAUUAAUAAAUAUCUGAAGAACCGUU